AUGGGGGAUGAAAGAAAUUUUCGUUCAGCUUAUUAUGAAAAAGUAGGAUUUAGAAGUGUAGAAGAAAAGAAAUCUUUGGAAAUUCUGCUAAAGGAAAAGCCACUGGAUUGUGAAAAGUUGAAACAGUUCUGCCUGAGGUACUGUGUCCCAACGUGCUACAGAAAUUUAGUAUGGAAAUUGCUUUUAGGUAUAAUUCCGGUACAUAUGGACUCCCAUAAUUUUGUUAUAGAACAGAGGAAACAAGAGUAUCAAGAAUUGUAUAGAGCACUAACAGUAAUGAGAAUAAUUGAUUCAAAUACACCCAAACCUCAAGUAAUUUCAGCCAUGUGUUCUUUGAGAUCUGGAAAUUUUGCAAUAGAUUCAAAUAUAGUUACAACAAGACCAUUUGACUGUAUCGUUUAUGCUUUUAUGGAGUACUCUGAUGAUGACGCUGAUAUUUUUUGGAUGUUUAAAAAUUUUUGGGAAAGUGUUCAAAAAUUUCACCCAGAAUUGGACAAAUUGGUAGAAAAAACAUUCUUUAUAUUGGAAAAAGAAGAUCCUGCGUAUUAUAGGAUCAUAAAAAAGAAUGAUUUAUUCAAGAAUUUGCCUGUGGAUAUGUGGAUAGAUUGCUGUUUUGCUGGAGUUUUAAAAGAUAUGUUUGUGGAAAAAAUCUGGGACAAAUUUCUUGGAGGAUCCUACCUAAUAUUUGUGUUUGCAUCAGUAAUGCUUUUAAUGACAUUGAGAGGAAGAAUUACAAAUUGUACAAGCCUUGCAGCUACACAUGAAUUUGUAAAAUGUCUUCCGGAUGAAACUGCUGGUAUUAUCACAAACAAGGCUAUUGAAUUAUGGCAAAACUAUGGUAGUCCUCUUACGCUACACGAUAAACUUAAACCGUAGUUAACAGAUUUCAACUAUUUUCUACUACAACUUCAACCAAGUAUGGGCAAAUUUCACAUUUACUAUUUUCAUGAAAUGAAAAACAUUUCACUUGGAGCGUCUUCAAGAACUCCUGUGAAGUAUUAUGAUAUCUGAUUUCACUUGUAAAAACCACUGUAACAAAAGUUUUAAUCAUCCGUCAACUUUGUAGUUGAUACAAAAUAGAAAAAAAUUAUUUUGUCUGUUUUUUUUCUUAGCUUAUGAUUUUUAUUUUCAAAAUACAAAUAUUCAGGUCGCUAAAAUGAAGGUACAAAUAUAUAGGUUUCAUCUUUUAUAGUGAUAAUUUUUUGAAAAAAAUAAAAUGGUUUUCAUAGUAUAGGCGUUUUCAAUGAAGGAUGACUCUAUUAUUGAUAAGGCCUCUCCAUAAACUAAAUGUUGGCGGUACUUUUAUGUGCAUAUCAUAAAGAAGAUUUUCUAUACUAUAUGCCUUUCGAAUAAUUUGAUAAGAAACUUAUAAAAAAUAAAUUUUUGUUUACUUCCACAAUUUCACAGAAGGUAUUGAACAACUAUCAUUUUACCCUCUACUUACAUGUGAGUUUGGAAUGUUUCAAGGGGUGAAGGAUUCAACUCCUAUCAGUUCGAUUGGACUUUUCUGUACUACAUCAACAUGAUAGAAAUGGAUAUUACUUUUAGGAAAGGGUUUAAUUGAUGAAGUAUGUUAAAACGGGGGAUAUUGGUGAUGAGUGGGAACUAAUGGAUAAAAAUGCACAUGUAUCGUAAUGAAAUAAUGUUUGACCUGUACAAUAAAAAGAUGAAAUUUUUUUAAUGACAAAGGUGUUAUUAUUAUAACUCUUAAACUACUUGUUUAAGGAAAAUCUGUAGAAUGCAUUCCCAAAAGGUAAUAUAUUGCAGUAUUUUGUCGUAGUCUUUGAAAUGAAAAAACUGUUGCCAUGAAUGCCUACUCUGGUACAUGAAAAAAAAAUGGAAAUUUAUUAAUAUUAAAUGUGUUAGUAAUGUAAAAAAUUAUUAAAUAAUG